AUGGCGACGGCAGGGACGUUCAAUUUACCGCAGAUGAAGUCCAUUUGGUUGGACGAGGACGAAGAAGCUGAAAAGCUUUACGGACUGCAGGUACAGCAGUUCAUGGGACCUGACGACGAGGAUGACUUGGCGAUUACGAUGGUUAAUAGCGAUAAACCAUUGCUAAGUAACAAGAAGAACAUCGAUUUAGCAGCUUUGGGGAAAAACAUCAAAACUUCCAAGUUCUUGUCAACUUCAGCACUGACGCCUUCGAGGAAGAAAGCUUCGAUCAAGAAGAAAGGGUUUUUUGCCCUUUUCAAGAAUAAAGAACACCAUGUUCUCAAGGACACGGCAAAGAUCUCUUCACCAUUUGCAUUUCAGCACAUUUCCCACGCCGAUGUCAGAACAGGAUUCGAAGAAGAGAGGCAGGAGGAGCAAUCGGCACAAGCUGAAAAUCAGCCCAAAUCCAGACCGCUGAGUAGAGCUUUCGUGACUCAUUCGACAACAGAUUCUUCCAGUGGCUCCGGCGAAGUGAACGAGCGCAAGCGUGCUUCGGCGAGGAUGUCCGUAUCAACCACGGGUUCCUCGAGAUACUCUAGAUUCAGCACAACAGGCCGUAUCGCCUCGAGUUCGACAAUGGCUACAUCAAUACUACAUGAAUCGAGCUCGCCACAUAGAGCUGCUCUGAUCUCUGGCAUGGACAAGCUUACGCUGCGAGAAAGGAAGAAUAGAGAGUCUUCUGACAGCGGUUCAUCGAUCAGUUUUCUCAGAGAUUACGAUUUCCCAGCUCUGAUCGAGGUUCAGUCGGCGACAGAGUGUCCCAAGACUCCAACGAAGCGGGACACGAUGGGAGAUUCCAAGAGACUUGCAUCUUCUCCGAAUCGGUUGAAGAGGGCGAAAUCAAGCUCUCAGCUACUUCGCACACCAGAGAUCGAAAACAGAUGGUUCAACGAAGAGACGCCAGCUUCUCGAAAAUCGCUUGACGAUGUACUACUAUGUUACCAUCAGCCAAGCAAUUCUGCAACGCCUUCGCAGAUAACGCCGGUCAAAUCUUCGGCAUGA